UCUACGAUAUGUAGAAGUAAAAUUAUGUACUUCGACCAAAAUAAUUGUUUCAAUUUGCCGCAACUUAAACUCUCGCUUUCAGUUUAAUCGGUGAUGCCGAGAAAUUCGGUAAAAAAGUGAAAUAUUAAUUCGUUGAAGCAAUGAAACGACUAUUGAAAGUGUUUCUGGUGUAUCUACUUUACGACAGUGUUUCAUCACAAGCUGGAUCUGGACCCAAUUUAUCUUUGUUCUGUCCGAACGAGAUAAGUCUGGACGAUAAUGGUACAUCAGCCCUUUGGCCAGUUACGGAUAAAAAUCGACGAAUCGUAACUGAUUCAUCGCCACAGUGUUUGGACGAUGAAAAGUAUCUAUUGACCAGAGAAUGUUCAGCUGAAGGUUGGAUACCAUCGAUACCACCGAACUGUUCGUACACUCAACCGAAAUAUGAAAACUCCAAUAAAUGUCCGCUCGGCUAUGAAUCAGUGCAGUGGAAAAGUAAAAGUUUGUGCGUUCUUGUGACUGUGCCACAGGUGUGGAAUAAUACGUGUUUAAUGACGGGCUCGGUUCGAACAAUAUUCGAUUUUGAUAGUGAUGAAAGGGAAGCGAUUUUUGUUUAUUUACGUGAUCGACGCAUGCAAAAGGUGUGGAUGCCCGCGAAAAGACUGUGGAGUUAUGGUCCGGUAAUAUGGACGUUGCCGGGUAAAACGUUUGGUGAAACGGUGGAAUUUAACGAUCUUUCCAUUCGGUUGAGUGAGGAGGAAUACGGAGACGGUUGUUUUAGUCUGAAUAUUCAAAAUCGUGGACAGACUGGAGCGGUGGAAAACUGUAACAAUAUCUAUCCGAUACUUUGUGCAACUCGCGAAGAGUCUAUGAUUCAAUUGGCUUGUCCAAAUGAUUUUUAUACGACGCGCUAUGAGGGAUACCAAGAGUUUUGCUAUUCCACACAUCUGAUCCAACAGCCUCCUAUCGAAGAUAUCGGCCCUGUUAGCAUAACAAGAGCCUUGGAAGAUCCGUCUUUAAAUUGGGUCACUUCGGAGUGCCGUGGUGAAUUAUUUACCAUGAAUUCAGUCGAAACAACCGUGAUUUUUGAACGCAUAGGCAAGUAUGCGGAAUUGCGCGACAACGAUCGAUGUUUGUUCGGAGUGCAGCCUAAUUUGUACGUGGGCAGUGCUGAAUCAUGGACAGACAUAUUUCCGCUUGUAGAUUAUGUGAAUUGGGCUUAUCCGAAAGAAAACGGUACGGUUGUUACAGCUGAUCGUCAUGGAAAAUGGCAUUGGUCGAGCGAUACAUUGACCUGCAUAGCCUGUCAACGACGCGUAGAAGUGCAGAUGCCGAAAAUUUAUUUAAACUUUCUCGAAAGCAAGGAACGACUGUAUGCGGUAGUAUACGAGCAACGAUUCUUGUGGAGGGAAAACAGUGACGAUCCGGGAAUAAAAUGCUUCACCAAUUCCGAUUACGAAUUGGUACGAACGGUGAGCGUAGAAGAUGAAGUUUGGAGCGGUCUGCUGUCGAUCACGGAAGAUGGUAUGGAUAUGAGCAACUACAAAACGAAAACAAUUUACGAACUGAAGACGUAUGGUGACGGUCCCGGUUAUUACUGGUGCGAAGGACACGCCAUACCGAAUUUUCAACACAUCCGAUCGGAUAAUGUCGUAGCGUAUAAGAAGGUCAAAGGGGAAAUAUUUGCCGUUUUAGUGGAAUUGAGCUGUCGUGAUUGUGGACAAUAUUUCCAGGAGAAGCGGAUCAAAGACUUGGCUAAACGAUUUCGCGAAUAUCUGGAAGACUUGCAGGACCAUUACCAACAUCACUAUCACAUAUUUGAGGUUUCGAUUGAAAACGUUCGAGCCAUGCGCAUCAAUUCCAUUGACAAAGUGAAUGGAAAAGCGGAAAUUGUUUUCCAUGUCACAAUUUCGCUGGAUGACUUUGACGAUGACGAAGAAGAUAUCUUGGAAAUGUCGCUUGAUAUGAUCAAAAUCUACAAGAUAAGAAACUAUUUGCAUGACUUAAUGACUUCAUCCCAGUCGCCGGAGUAUCGUUAUCUGUCUCUAAAUAGUACCGAAUAUUGUUUACCAGAUUCCAUUUCAACCAUAAACGAACUCAGUUGGAUUAAUGCAAAGAUAGGCGAGACUGCAGCACCGCGAGAAUUGUGUUUACUGCCGAAUGGAUUGCCCGUUCAUCGUUCGUGUGUGGGGAAUUUUAUCGAUGGUGGUGUAUGGGUAAACAGCAGUCUGCAGCAAUGUCACACACACGAUGUGACCAACAUAACGCAAACACUUUAUGAAAUCGAUCGAACUUAUAAGCAUCCAAAUGCUACGGCAGAGGUUGUGGAAACGGUUACGCAACUGUUGACCAGCAAUCAUUCAUCACUGAUUCCGGCCGACUUAUUUUAUUUGAGCAAAAUUAUGCAAACAAUAACGAAAAUUAGCAACGACUCCUCGCAGUUAAAUCAAAACGAAUCAAAAAACAUUUUUACAAUUUAUAACAAUUUAAUGUUCGUGAAUGAAAAUAUCACGAAAAUGUCUGCAGCUCUUAAUUCGACCAACAUUCUACUCGACGCUUUUGAUGGCAUAUUAAGUCAUUUGUCGUCAUCAGCGAGCAAUCAAAUGAAUCGCAUUAAUUUAACGGAAAAUUUAAAUGACGGUACAAUAGCCGUUGUGUCGCCCAAGUUGAUUAUGUACGCAAUAGAUCCGAUGGUACGAAAUUAUUCCGGCAUCGCACUCUAUCGAACGGCCUCUAAUGCAUCGACGUUCGGCGAAAUUGACGAUUUCACCAAUCCACGCUACUACAUCCGCUUGCUGUCGACCAAUGAAUCCACUGCAUUCCUACUGGAGGACGAAGAAUUGGAGGUUGCAUCGUUCGUGCCACUAUCGCUACUGAAUCGGCUGAAUGAGACGCGUCGCUUGGGCAACGAAACGAAUACAACCGUCGUUGAUGUGGCACCCAGAGUCAGUAUCGUCAUAACGAUUUACUUCAAUGAUCUUUUGUUCCAAGAGUACAAGAAAACGACCUACGCCAAAUCGGGUGGCAAGAUAAUCAGCGUUUCGAUACCGGGAUACGGUCCUAUGCUGCCUGAAUUGAUACCGAUUCUCAUCAAAACGAGUAAUUUAACGGGAAACGCAACGGCCGACGUGUGUGGCUAUUGGGAUUUAAAAGGUGACAAUGGAUGGGCCAGAGAUGGAUGUCAAUAUGGUGGUAGAUCUGGCUACUUUGAACCGGUAGUUUUAUGUGCCUGUUCGCAUUUAACGCAUUUCGCUUAUUUGAUUCUGGGCACCUACGUUCAUUCCAUAUCCGAAGAAGUGAUCAUAACCGAACUGCACCAUGACGCUCUGGACAUGAUAACAUUGCUCGGUUGCUCGUUGUCUCUGAUUGGAAUAUUGGGAAUUACGAUUACAGCGAUAAUCUUUCCGACAUGGCGAGAAAAACCGAGCUCCAAGGUACUUCUGCAAUUGUCAGCGGCUAUAGCACUGCAAAUGAUUCUGCUUUGUUUCGUCAAUACCGAGGUGAGCUUGUUACAUUUUCACGAAGUGGAUAAGUGGUACGAAUGCGUUGCACUCGGUGCUGCUCUACAAUAUUCGGUUUUGGUGGCUUUUUCCUGGAUGCUAAUUACAGCCUAUCUGCAGUUCAUGAGAUAUGUACGCGUACUGGGAUAUAUCAGGUCUUCGCGGUUCUUUUUAAAAUCGUUUCUGAUUGGAUGGGGCGUACCACUCAUUCCGGUGCUGUUAGUCGUAUGCAUUACACCGAACUCGUACAUACCCGAUUUGGACCUUUUGCUGACGGGAAUUUGCUAUCCAACCGGAUAUGCUCUGUAUUUCGGUGUGAUUGUCCCGAUCGGACUAAUCAUCACCGCUAAUUGCAUCAUAUUCAUUUUAGUCAUUUACAAUAUUGUCCGCGGUCCCGACGGUAAAUUACGCACUAAUGAACGAGACAUAACACUAGCACAGUUAAGACUUUCCAUAUUUUUGUUCUUUUUGCUGGGUUUGUCGUGGAUAUUCGGAUUCUGUGCAACGACACGGGCAGGGUUGGUGUUUUCAUACUUAUUCUGUUUAACAGCCACAUUACAGGGAUUCGUACUGUUUUUGUAUUUCGUCAUACUGGACCCGGUAACGCGGAGUCUUUGGACGAAAUUCUUGAAAAAAUAUUUUUGUUGUUUGGGAAAGUCUAUGAAGUGAAUUUUAAUGUGACUUUCGAUUGCGAAUCUUUUAUUUUUGGAUUAAAGAAGAAAUUAUUUAUUUUUUUGAUGGUUUGUCUGUUUGUCUGUUGUAGAGAGAGAGGCGAUAUGUAAAUUAAAUUAAAAAAAAAUCGUUUGUAAGAUUUGCAUAAAUUUUUUUAGUUGCUUAUGGAUAAUGUAGUUGUUGUAAAAAUAAAUUUACUUUGUGAUAAAUUGUGAUGUGAGUUUUAACGAA